CAGCGUUACAAAGCGGAAAACCAACUUCGGAAGUUAAAGAAGCAGUGAGAGAAGCCUUUAUUCAAAGAGAGGACAACUCCCAUAUACCACCAGCUGUAGUCAAUGGGCAGGAUGAGGCAUUCCUGGAGAACGAAAACAUGCCCACAUCUCACCUUCCAGCUCCUGCACCACCCAAGAGAAACCUCUCGUUUGCCCCUCAGAACUUUCUCUUUAAGCCUCUGGAGGGCUUGGCCACCUACAAAGUGAAGCCAAUGACCCCUUCCAGGGCAAAUGUCUUCUUAUCACCCAAUCUUACCUGGAGCCCCACAAAGACCAUCAGUGAAGACACAAAAGAAACCAGACCACAGGACUGUCUUCUAAAAAGUCAGUUUUCCCCCAUUGAAGAAGUAAUGGAGAAACUUCCAGUUCAGCCUGCACUGAAGUCACUGGAAAAAGAGAUGGAAGGUGUGAUGGGUGCCAUUUUCUGUGGAACUGAGACCUCUCUGCAGCAUGUCGUCCCCCCUGUAACUGAAACGCCAGAGCCAUCAGGGGAGCCGCAACACAAUGUGCCCUAUUUCAACUGCUGCCUGUUACCUGUGCCCAGCAGAGAAGGAGACCACUUACCAUCUACCAUGUUAAACAUCCUUCAAUCUGAGACAGAGAAGCGGACAUCUCAUUGCCUGGAAUGGGAUGGAAAAGUUGAAAUGGAUAUACCAGAGGAUGCAAAAGACCUUGUCCGCACCACCAUUGGGCAAACUAGACUGCUAAUAUCUGAGAGAUUCAAACAGUUUUCAGGGCUGGUAGAUAACUGCGAGUUAAGACUUGGUGAAAAGGAGACAAUGUGUGCAGAUCUGGAUGGAUUCUGGGACAUGGUGAACUUCCAAACAGCGAGGAGGAAGGGGAAGCUGUCAACUUUCCAGGCGAUGCAGGAGUGUCUGAGGGGCAGAGCCCGGCUGUCAGUGUUCAUGAAACAGCUGUGGCUAAUGAUUCAGAGCAGGCACAACAACCUGAGGCAGCAGAAAUCAUGAAGGACCAAUCCGAAGAGGAGCUAUGCAACCAACCCCCACUGACUCCACAACAGCGGCAUCUUACGAGACGCAGGGCUCAAUUGGAGACUAUUAGGAGAAGCAAACGCCUCUUGCAGAGGGCUGAUAAGCCUUGAAUUCCUGCCAGCUGGGAGCUCUCGGCUUGCACUAUAAAUCACGUCACCAGCCUUCUACUCACUGCUGAAAAGCAACAUUUGUCAACCUCCCUGUCGACAGCGUGCAGCCAAGUCCGGUCAAGACGAACUUCCCGAGCUGUAUCCAGUUACAGCAGCUCCAUUUUGUCUCGUGAUCUUCCCUGGCAGUUGGCCAGACCCUGACAAUUAUUAAUCAAAAGCUGCUAGCCAUUUAUGUGUAACUGACUUUCUAUUAAUAUUUUUCCUUUUAACUAUGUAAAGAUUUUUAUUUCUUUUUUGGUCAAAGACCGUAAAUAAAGUAUGAUGAUGAU